AGGUUAAUCUUUUGCUUAGGGAGAAAGAGAAAGAGAGGCUUUGCGUCUUCAUAAAAGAUUCAAAUUUUAAAUUACUUAAAAAAAAAAAAUUCAAAAUUUAGAGAGUGAGAGAGAGAAAAAACAAAAAAAAAACAUUGGCUGGAAAUUUUAGCUAAGCAAAGCCGUUACGAGAGAGAAAGCGAUAGAGAGAGAGAGGAAGAUGAAGAAUAUAUUAAGAAGUCGAUGACCAGCCCGCAAGCCAGCUCGGAUAAUCUCCUUAGACUACGCCGUUCCUGCGCUCUCUUUUCUCUGUUAUGCAUCUCUCCUUUUCUAGUUUGCUUUCGUUGAUCUCGAAAAUUCUCAACCCGAAAUUUGUUCCUUGUUAAUUCACCAUCCCAAUAUCCACUGCUUCAGAUAUCCAGGUUAGUUCUUGAUAUCUUUCUCUACUUGUAAGCAGUUAGCAGUGCACCGGGUUGAUGUGCAAUGCAGAGGUCACGUAGAGCUCUUCUACAAAGAAGAGCUUUAGAGAAGGCUUUCACUGGAAGAAAUCAUAAGUGCAAGGUGUCUCUGUCUUUACUUUUGUUUUUAUGGGCGCUUUUGUUCAUCUUCAAUUUAUGGAUCAGUCAUGGCGAUGGUUUCGGAGAUGGAGCUGUGGUACGCCCAGUUGACGUAUCAACUUGGAAUGAAACUAAGCUGGACAGUGGUAAAUACACUGAUUCUGUGGAUAUACAUUCAUUUGAAAAAACUGACUCUAUCCAUUCGUCUGAUGGUUUGUCUGCAAAUGGUGUUACUCCCAGUAGUUUAAGUGGUGAAUUACUUGAUGCUAAAGAAGUGAAAGAUGAUGCCUCAGAUGAAGCAAGUAAAAAUUAUGUCUCAGCUUCUGGGAAGCAAUCUAAGAGAGAGAAUUCUAGUUCAGGCACAAAACCUGAAAUUGACCGCCUGUCUCAUGUGGUGCCAGUUGGGCUUGAUGAAUUUAAGAGCAAAACUUAUAGUUCCAAAAGUAAAUCUGGAAUUGGUCCAUCAGGGGGUAUAAAGCAUAAAGUGGAGCCAGGGGGUACAGAAUACAAUUAUGCUUCGGCAUCAAAGGGAGCAAAGGUGUUGGCUUUUAACAAGGAAGCCAAGGGCGCUUCUAAUAUCUUAGGCAGAGAUAAGGACAAGUACCUUCGUAAUCCAUGUUCUGCAGAAGAGAAAUUCGUUAUUAUAGAACUUUCAGAAGAAACCUUAGUGGACACAAUAGAAAUAGGCAACUUCGAACAUUAUUCUUCUAAUUUAAAAGACUUUGAGCUGCUUGGCAGUUUGGUUUAUCCAACAGACCAAUGGAUCAAACUUGGGAAUUUCAAUUCUACAAAUGUAAAGCUAGCACAGCGGUUUGUUCUUCCGGAGCCCAAAUGGGUUAGAUAUCUAAAGCUAAAUCUUCUAAGCCAUUACGGUUCAGAAUUUUACUGUACACUAAGUGUUGUUGAGGUUUAUGGAGUGGAUGCUGUUGAGCGAAUGCUUGAGGACUUGAUAUCUGUUCAAGAUAACACAUUAAAAUCUGAGGGACCAGCUAGUGACCAGAAAUCAGUAUCAUCUGAGCCAGAGGCUCCUGGUGGUGAUUAUCAAUAUCAAAAUAUCAAUAAAGAAAUGGAUCCUCAGACAGCAAGUGGUAGCUCUAAUGUGAACCAUGAAAUUGUGAAAAGUAAUGUGCCUGAUCCUGUUGAAGAAGUGCGUCAUCAACCAGUCGGAAGGAUGCCUGGUGACACUGUUAUUAAAAUACUGAUGCAGAAAGUUCGUGCAUUGGAUAUAAAUUUAUCUGUUCUGGAGCGAUACCUUGAGGAACUGACUUCCAGAUAUGGAAAUAUUUUCCAAGAAAUUGACAAAGAUAUAGGAGAUAAAGAUAGACUUCUAGAGAAGAUAAGAGCAGACAUACAUAAUCUACUUGAAAGCCAGGGCAGCAUUACUAAAGAUGUUGACGAUCUUAAUUCGUGGAAGUCACUUGCAUCCAUUCAGUUGGAUAAUUUAGUCAGGGACAAUGCCAUUCUCAGAUCCGAGGUCGAAAAGGUUCGGGAGAGGCAGAAUUCUAUAGAGGAUAAGAAUAUAGUAAUAUUCGUUGUGUGUAUAAUUUUUUCGUUAUUGGCACUUUUGAGGUUUUUUCUAGACAUGGCGGUUAGUGUUUAUAUGGCAUUGAGUGUUCAAAGAACAACAAAUAAUUCCGGGAAAUUUUGUUCGACGGGUUCUUCCUGGUUUUUCUUAUUGUUGAGUUGUACCCUUAUCCUAUUCAUACUUGCAUUAUAAUUUAUAGUAAAACACAUCCUGGAGCACUUCAACUUGAA